AUGGGAACAGAUAAUGGCGUCAUUUACGAGUACUGUGCAAUAAUAGGUGACUACCUCUUCAUUCAUGGGGGGAUCUCUGGUGCGUCUGGGAAAUCUCAAGCUUGCAUAAACUCACUCUACAAAAUCCAAUUAUUACCUUUAAUUGGUCAAUGGACCGAAAUAACAACAGCCGACUCCCCUUUUUUAAGCCAGCAUCAAUGUAUCCCCCAUCGCUCUAGCGGUUGUCUUUGUUUCGUUGGAGGCUGGACUGGUAAAAUCAGAUCUGCCGGUGUUCACAUAUUCGAUACCGAUUCCGGACGUUGGUUACCCCCUGCACUGCAUGAACCCCAUCUGAAGGGCUUUCCAAAGGGUUCGGGUCUUUCAGGCCACUCAUUGGUUCCCAUGGCUACGCAAGGGAAUCAAGUGGCAGCCCUCGUAAUCGGCCGGGAGGGCUCACUACGUACCCAGCGUAGGCACGGUAACGCCUACAUUUUGCGUGGUAGAAUUAACGGUUUUUCGGACCGAAAUGUGAGUGCUGACCUUGGAAGUAACCAGUCAUUUGUAUACACCGAAAUAACCUCUACCACGGCGUCAAGGAGUUACCACACUACCAUUGCAUUUACUGAGCGUGAAGUGCUCACGGUUGGCGGUCGUGCAACAGGCUUUGUGGAGACUGCCACUACUCCAAGCGAAGUUGUUCUUGAUGUCAAUAGUGGUCAGUGUAAAGCUGUCGCGCAUCUCAUAGAGCGGUUUACCAAAACAAAGUCCCCACCUAUUACAGAAACCAGACUGAGUCAAAUUGGAAUACGCGGUCACUAUGCUAUCGCUGGUGGACAGGGUGUCUUAGUUGGCGGAGGUGAGGGUUUCAAUGCUUUGCGGAGCGAUCCCGAGGGUGAAGCCUUCAUUUGCUUACCUUUCGACUCAAACAGUGUUUUUUCCCUUGGUAAAACAAAGGACAGACGAUGUUACGCAGUGUGUGCAGUGAAUGCAACCGACGGAACAGCUUGGCUGCAAGGUGGUCUAGGAAACCACAAAAAACCCCUCCGUUCACUCGCUCGUCUGAUUUGCACUGAUUAG